UUGUUCAUUUUUGUUAUUUUGAUUUUUUUCUUAUUAGAAUAAUAUUUAUAUACAAAUGAUUUUAUAUACAAAUAAUUUUUAUAUCGAUAGCUUAAUAUAUAUAUCAUUUAUAUAAAAUACAUAGCAAAUACAAUAGAUAUUAUCCUUAAAUAUCUUGUAACUAAAUAAUUUAAAUGUUGAAUACACUAAAUAAAGUACUUAGUUUUUUAUCAUGUUAUUUAAUAUUUUUUUAUUAUUUUUCAUAAUUUUUGUUAAAACUAUCUGUGUAUACUAUGCCAAGUGAAAUAAGUGAAUUUAAUGACGAACCGCUUUCAAUAUCUUAUAACGAAAAUGUUGAAAGAAUUACAGGUAUUAACCAUAAAAAAUUUGGAAUUCCUUUCCAUAUCUUAAAACAUAGACAACAAUUUUGGGAUGAAUUGUUUUAUAGAUAUUCGGAACAAUCAUCUGAUGAAACUGUAUUGAAUAUUUCAUCAUUAAAACCUGUUGAAAAUGAAUCUAUAUUAAUAGAUCAAAUUUAUAGAAAGGAAUAUAAACCAUUCAAUGUAAUACAAUAUUGGGUAAAUACUGGUUAUUUACCUUAUAAGAAACUUUAUAUAGACAAAAACACACAAUCUGAUAUUGAAUUAUCUCAUUCAAAUGAAUUAUGUUUAAGUUCAUCACAUAAGUCUUCUAGUAGCUCAGUUGAUACUGCUACAUAUAUUUUGUCAAAUAUGAAUACAACUAAUAAAAUAGAAACUAUGGCUAUUAUAGAAGGAGCAAAACAUAAUGCAACAGAAACUUUUCAAAAUAUAGAAAAUACUAAAAAAUUACAAAUUACUGCUAAUAAUAUGCAUGAAAAAAAUAAUGAACAUACUGAAAACAAUAAUGAUAAUGAUCAGCAACAUUGCAUAUUAAAUGAAACUCAUAAAGUGUUAAAUCAUGUAUUACAACAGGAAAAUAUAGAUAUAGAAAAAAAUAUAUCACAAUUGCAGAAAAAUGUAGAUAUUAAUAAUGAUGACACAUUUUUAAUUGAUACGCAUGAUAAAUUAAUUAAUAAUAAUUUAAAUAAAAAUUCUUAUAUUGAACAAAAUUCAUCAAAUAUGACAAACAAUUUUGAAUUGCAAAAUAGCAUUAUAAAAAUAGGACAUCGAAAAAAAUUAUACACUGGUAGAAAUUCACCAGUUGAUCUUAUUAACAUGAACAGUAAUAAUAAAAACACAAUAUUUCAAUCAAAACAAAAUUUACAUCCUGCAUUAGAUUUUGAAUGUACAUUAUCAAAAAGAUAUAAAAUUUGGAAAAAAAGAAAAAGUCAAUUUUCUAUAUAUAAUAAAUAUCUUAUGAAUAAUACACAAUUUAGUACUUUAAGCCAUAAAAAACAAAGAAAAAGAUCAAAAUUAAGAAAAACAUCAAUAAAAAAUAAUGAAACUAUCUGUAUAAAUAAUAAUACUAUUCAAAAGAAUUCAAAAAUAAAUCAACAGUCAAAGAAAUGUAACAUUGAUCAAAGUAUAAAUAAACAUCCAUCAAUUAACGAUUUAACAAAUAUAAAAAGUAAAUUUAAUGAAUUAAUAAAUUAUGAAGAAAAAAUAAAUGUAGAACAAUAUAAAGAAACUAAUGAUAUAACAAAAAAAAUAAAAUAUUUAAAUCCAAUAAUUUAUCUAACGCGACUAUCAAAAGACGAUAUUGAAAAAUAUAAAGGAUCAGGAAAGACAAUAGAAAACAUUAAUAAUUCAAUUCAAUUAUCGAUCAAUAAUCAAAAGCAUAAAAAAUUGAAUGAAGUGAUAAAAUUAAAGAAUUUAACUGUUUGUUUAACACGUUUGUCAAAACUUGAUAUUGAGAAAUAUAAAAAAUCAAAAAAUGUAUUACCAAAAAUAAUAAAUUCAAAUUUAAAUGUUUGUUUAGAACAAUUACCAGAAAUUGAAAUUCAGAAAUAUAAAAAUAUUAAUAAUAAAGAAUUAAGUAAAAAUGAUUUAAUAUCAGAAUCUAUUCAAUCACAUAAUGAUAAUAAAAAUAUUCAUAAAUUUUUUCAACAUAAUACAUUAAACUAUAUUUAUUCUAAUAAUGAUUCUGGUACUAAUUCUUAUAGUAAUAUUAAUUUAAUAACAGAAGAUACAAAUAGUGAUCAAAGUACUGUUUUAAUUUAUAAAUGUAGUAAUACAUCAUUUGAUUUGUCUAGUUCUUUAUCUUUAUUGUCAGAUAAUAGUUCUCAAUUUGAUUUUUCAAAAACUUUCGAUAAUUAUAUUUUAAAAUCAAAAGAAAAAUAUAAUGAAAAAGAAAGGAAAUUAAAUAAUAAAGUAUUUAGUAGAAAAAUAAAUACAACAGAAGAAAAUGUUAAAAAUAAAAUAGGAAGAACAAGUGAUAAAAACCAACCAAAUCAUAUUGCUGAUAAAAAUAAAUAUAAUAUAAAAAAUAAAAAACUUAGUAAUAUAAAUGAUUCUUGUAAGAAAAGUUCAAAUAUAAAUAAAAAUAUGUUUUUAAACAAAAAUGUAUAUCAGAACAUAAACAAUAUUACUUUAUCUUCCAAUAAAUCAGAAAUAAGUUCUGAAAGUAGUAGUAUAUAUACGAGUAAUAAGAAGAAGAGACCACGAGUGGUCUCUUCUGAUGAAGAAGAUUUUGUACAUACUUUAAAAGAUACACAAAAUUUAAAAUUACAACAUUAUAAAAUGUUAAAUCAAAAUUUAAAUGAUAUGAAUAAAAAAACAAGAAAAAAUGUAAUGAAAUAUUCAAAUUUAAAUACUUCAUUAAAUGAACCAGAACUUUUGACUAAAAAUAUUAAAUUUAAAACACAGAAAGAAGAUGUUAACUCAAUCAAGAGACAAAAAUCUUUACAACAAUAUAAUUUAUCUGUGGGAAAAGAUUGUAAUCAAAGCACAAUUAAAGCACAAACUCUAAUUAAAGAUAAUAUAAAAAAAUUAUCUAAAGUUAAUACUUCACAAAUUGAAAAAAAGUCUCAUGUAAAUCAUUUACUUUUUAAGACAAAAAUAUUUAGUUCUGAUUCGGAUUCCGAAUAUUUGACAGAAUGACAUUGCUCAUUUAAUAAUUUAUUCUUAGAUGACAAAAAAAUAAAUUACUAAAAAGUAAUUCAUACUAUCAUUAUAUUUUUGUAUAAAAUAAUUGUAUUUUGUUAUUUGUCAAA